AUGACGUUGAGACCCGGCGCAGGCGGUAAGCCCGGCGCAGGUGGCAAGUCCGGCGCAGGUGGCAAGUCCGGCGCAGGUGGCAAGUCCGGCGCAGGUGGCAAGUCCGGCGCAGGUGGCAAGUCCGGCGCAGCUGGUAAGCUUGGCGCAGUUGGUAAACCCGGUUCAAGUGGCAAACCCAGCGUAGCUGGUAAGCCCAACGCAGCUGGUAAGCCCGACGGUGGAGUGCAGACCGCCACGGGUCAGGCGGCGAAGGCUCCAGAGUCCGCUACGAAGCAGGUAGAGGAGUCUUUGUAUCCGGCAGCGUUUGACUGGUCCAGUUACAAGUCCGUCACGCCGAGAGUGGGUUCAUGUACCACAUGGCUGUCCAAGAGAGAGUCGUUCGAGAAGCAGUGGUAUUUUCCCCACCACCUGGGGUUCCCGCUCACGAUAGACAUCCACGCCGGCGUCUACAAACCUUAUCGUACCACCGUGGACGAAUCCAUCUUGUUCGAGCGACCGGCCAUUUCCUCCACAAUCCACGCCAUACACGACCUGUACGGGUCCUUACUCAGAGCAGUGUAUCCCGGAGCCGAAGCCAGCCUUGGUCUGAACCGUAAAGGGGACGCGGUCGACUCAGUUCCCGGCGGCGGUGUUGAUUCCAGAACGGGGAACGCAGACGGCAAAGUCGGUCGUGGUAAGCCUGGUGAAGGCAAGCCUGGUGAAGGCAAGCCUGAUGAAGGCAAGCCUGAUCAGGGUAGGCCUGAUCAGGAUAAGCCCAACUGUGCUACGGGCGGUGGUGGGAUGCGCGGCGACGACCGGACGGUUGACAAGAAAGGCGGGUCUAGGAAAGGCUUGGUCUCACAGGGAAGAUCUACACGACUGCCCGGCGAAGCAAGCAAGGUGUCCUCGAAACCAACAUUUACUAAAGAAGGAAAGGUGACUACGGCUACCGUUAGUCCGGAUUCAACCAAGUCGUCUACGGCUUCCACUACGCCGAGCAAACCUUCUUCGCUUAAGGACAGGAUGGCUGCUUUCAGCAAGGGAAAUCACACCUCCACCACUUCAAGCCACAAAGGGAUGAAAAAGUGA